UACUAAAAACAAUAGUGAGGUACUAUUUCUUAGUGCAUGAUCCCAUGAGGUACAUUUCCAGUGAAGCCGACUAUUUAGGGUGUUGAAACGCUACACCUCUGUCGGUGUGUGUCAGAGUGGAGGAGAAGGCGUGUAAUACGUGAUCAGAAACACGGCUCUAUUUAUAACGAAUCAUACGGCCUGCCAUGCCUCACUCUACUCACGCACAAGGACGAGUUUGAAAGGACAGACACAGCAUGCCCCCUCUGUGGUCACUGAGCUCCUUACGAACACGCUGUACAGGGCUAUAGGGGGCUGCGGAACAGGAGACCUGCAGAGGAAUCUACAGUCUAGAGGGGCUGGUGACUCACUCGUCAGUCAUGGAUGACUUUGAGUACAGCGUGCACAUCUCAGAGCGGGACUGGGACUGCUUUUUCCAGGAGUGUGAAGAGUGUGAUCUCCUUCCUCCAGUCCUAGCUGGCCUGGACGAAUCUGGCAUGAGUGACAUUGACGACUUGAGUUGCCAUCUCUCACACAGGACGUCACGACAGGGCAGAGACGUUGCUCAACCUGACCCGGACAUAAUUGACGGACCCCCAGACUGCAAGGGGUCACCAGUGGAGAUGUACCUGGACACGUACGGGCUGCGCAGUCCAGACUACAUAUUGUCCGGCAGUGAGGACGAUUUCCACAUUGAGUCAGUCAAUCGGUUUUUCGAGCAGCUGAGAAAUGUGAAUUCUGCUGAGCAGUCACCUAGAAAUCAUCAAACUGCUAAAGGAAAUGUAAGGAGAACCCAGGAAAAUCUGUGUAAUAAUGGGAUAGAUGAUGAUGAAUAUCCACCCAUCAGUCAACUGUCAAACGGUCCUCUUGGAGUGAAAAAGGACCAAGAUGCUUUUGGUUCAAAUGACGUCAAGCCAAAGAGUAAAACAGACCCUCGACAUCUGGCCAAGUGCACGGGUAUUCAGUCCAACACUGCUGCAACAGACUGGUAUACCCGUAGCACGGAAUUAGUAAUCAGUGAGGAGGACCAGCCUGCGAAUCCACAGAAGUCACAUGUAUGGAAGGAAUAUGACAGAAGAGAUACAUCCCAUAAUAAUUUAACCACUGAGACGAAGGUGCAACCUGUUAAAUUGGGAUCAUCUGACACUGCUACAGUGCUGAGCUCAGACUUGGCCACCUGCAGUGAUGGGAUAGAUGGGAUGCGGGGGGAUGAUAUGUACGGCCAGCCUGGGUUCAGGAGGAACGCGGAGCAGAGGGAACCACUGCCUGGCCAGGGGCUGUCUCCCUGCUCAACCCUGCGCAGGAAGAAGAGAAGGAAGAAAAGGCUGAGCAUUGAGCCUGUCGAGCCAGAGCAUAACAUUGAGAGCCAGUUCCAUGGCAACCACAGUGAAUCAGACGAGGACAGACAUGCACGCAAAGCAGAGGUGGACCAAGAGGCACGUCUGUCAGGGGACUUUGGCACAGUUAAAAUGGCUGACAAAUGCAGCGGUCCUAAGUUCCUGACACUGCGUCCUGUGAUUGAUAGCUUCUCUGAUCACUUGCCAGGGCAGACAAACUCACGCACAUGGAAAGACAGCAUUCCAGUGCCACGAGAGCUAUCUGCAGCUGGAAACCAAGCUGACAGUAUUGACUUACCUGAAACACACACAGGGGCCUUUCAUUCGAAGAAGAUGGAACCGAGACGCCGAAGCACAGAUAUGUCCAGUGGAAGGUGCUGCGAGAAGCCAUUAUCACUAGUACAGUUAGUUUUGGAAAACAGCUGCAAUUCUGCCGAGAGACCUAUGUCAGCAAAUGUCAAUGAGCAAAUGAAGAUCGCAACACUCCCUGUCAACAACCGUGUGUCAACACAAGACGAGAGUGAUAAAGUGACAGGUAACUUACAGCAAAACAGCACUCAGGCGCUGUAUACAAAAAAAUCUGACCAGGUUACAGUCCCCCAUACACCUCUUGAGACUCUAGGAUCAAGCUCUGAGAAUGGGCCAAAGAUUGUGCAUAGUCCUGAAGAAGCUCAGAGAAAGACAGAUCUACCACUCUCACUAAAUGGAGUAUUGAAGGCUGGAGGAGGAAAUAGUCAUUCAUCCGCACCACUUGCUCAGAUUAACAACUCAGCUCUAGAUUUAGGAAAAGUUAUCCCCCUGAAUUAUUCAGCAUUUUCAGCCAUAUCACAAAAUGGCAUUGGACCCAAACAUACACAUAACACUGAUGAUUUAAAAAAAAUAUAUGACUCAUUUUCAGAUUUUGGUUUGAAGAGAAAUGAGAUAUUAAAUCAACUGGGUUCUACAUGUGAUAUAGACAAUUCACUUGAUGCUCCUAAACCAUCAACAGAUGCCACAGCUAUCAGUGACGGUUAUAGUAUCAAAAAUGCAAAUACUUUGGAGUGUGUGCACCCUAGAGAAAAAGUCCCUCAGAAACCCACAAACAAAGACUCUCCAGCCAGAAACGACACAGUGUCACAGAUGAUGCCACUGGAUGUUGAAGGAUUGCAGGCUCAAACAACGUUAAUAGAUAACAACAACAAGCCCUGUGCACCGCCAGCACAUUUAAAUGACCCAACAACUGCCGAAUGUCCUGCAGCUCUGGGGAAAACAACCAGUGAUAAACAGAUGCAAAUGAAGGAGGAAAGUGCUGUGGAGACAGAUUUGAGGCCUGAUAACACCCGGAGCAAACAAAUCAUCCCAUAUCCUGCUGAAACAGAUCCCAAAGAUACUGCUCCUAGAAAUGGCCCACUCACCAAAGGCACACACACUAAGGAACAUGGCAUGCCUCAAAUGUAUGGUGAUGAGCAAAGCAGAAGAUCUUAUCAACCGGUGGCAAAAACAGACUCAAAUGUUAGCUCACAUGAUAAGUCAUUAUGUGAAUUAUCAAAGGCCAGUAGAACUGAUAGAAAUGCGGUGGUAUACCCUUGCACCAACGCACUGAGUAACACGGAUAAUGAUACCCACAGUAAUAUGAUGAUUGCGACCAAACCUGCUACAGAAUGUAAUGAGGCUGGCAACAAUGAGAUCCAGAGGUACCCAGCUAUUUCAAAUGCUCUGGUGAAAGAACCCUGCAAGGCUGUCUCAGUAAAACCCACUCCUAGUGGGGAAGUGUACAGACCUGACACAGAUGAAGACCGAAACACUCACCCCACACCCCUUCCUGAGGAGGAGAGUGAGGCUGCUGUAUCAGAGAAAAAGGACAUUGAGGCUGCCACCAGUGACCCCUCCCCUGUGUUCGCUAUGUCUUCCUUCUGGAAUGAGAUGGAGAAGCUGACCAUCAAUGACAUACUGCGUUUACGUUUGGUCAGCCAGGCCCAGCACCCUAGCAUCCUCGCCCCGCCCGACGAUGAUGGCAGCUUUGCCGAGGCCUCACACGCCAGGGACUCCGGCUACUUCACGCACGUGGAUGACUCGAGGCCCGAUCGGUCCAGUGGGGACAUGUCCACCAUGUCUGACUUUGACGAAGACCCAUCCUCGCCACUCCAAGAAGUUCCUAAGGAAGGUGGGGAUGAGGCAUCGGCUAAUCGCUGCGACAUUGUGUGGGUUAACGAUGAUCCUGAUUCGGUCCUGGCCACUGCAGAGGCUGACGACGUGGUGGUACUCAGCACAGAGACGGCCAUUCCUCAAUCUCGUUUUGCAGAGCAGCAGUACUUCAGGAAGAUGUACAAGAACAUCAGCGUGCAGAACCUCAGGGCCCUGGAGAACCAGCCCCUCAGGCAGAUACUGAGAAAUGCCUCUGUGCAGUCCCUGAGAUCAUUGGAUGGUGAUGACGACCCGCCAGACCCUUUCUACCACAUAAACACGUCAGCACAUUUUUCUGAUGAUGAGUCGGUGGCGGAUGGCCAUGGUUUCUCCCUCUCAGAGAUGAUAGAGUACCUCUUUUGCGACGAUGACACCAACUCCACUGUUUCAGAAACAGAGAACCUGCCCUCGUAUCACAUCGAUGGAACCUCCGUCUCAGAGAACUAUGAUCAUUUCUUCUCCGAGUUUGAGGCAGCUAACCUUUUCUUCCCAACGUCAGAGGGAUCCGAAGGGUCAUACUCGUGUGAGAAGUUGCCUAUUUUCUGUUCUCGCUCAGGUAACCAGACCCAUCAGUUCCCCGAACUGUACGACCACUUCUUUCCCGAUUCUCCGACACAGUCAGAUGAGGACGAGGAAGAACGUGAGCACUCGCCUCCGAUCCGCGUGGUGUCCCGCUACGAUUGCAAAGGAGCAGCUCUGCCCCACUGUACUCAAACAGUGACUAGUGCCAGUAACUCCAAAAGCACAGUCUUCUGGACCAGCCCACUCUCUCUACGCAGAGUACGGCGCACCAGCCCUGCAUUGCCCUCCUAUGAGCCUUAUUCCUGGUCGCUGGCUCCUACCAACAACGCCAAGAAGACUGGCAUAAGGACAAUCCAGCCAAUCAAUGUCAUGGGCUACGAGGACCAGGGCUCCUUCCCAGACCCUCUUCUGUGUGACCUGGAGAGCCGCAUCUUCAGAAAGCUGGCCGAACAGAAGAUGCAGUUUCCUGAGGUGCAAACAGCCGACCCCCGGAUAGAUGCCCCUCUGGUUCCCCUCAGGCAGUCAGACAUGUGUCUGGUCUGCAUUGCAUUUGCCUCCUGGGUCCUAAAGUCAGCCAGCCCCCAAGGUGCUGACACAUGGAAAGCUGUUCUGCUGGCCAACAUCAGUGCGUUGUCUGCUAUCCGAUACUUGCGGCGGUACGUGAGGGAUGAGGCUGCUGGAGCCAAACCGUUGCGUCAGAUCCAGUCCUGAGUAAUCAUGUUCCACUGCCUAUCAGGAGCUCGGUGUCCCAUCACAGCCUGGCAGUACCAUGCUCCAUUUCAGCCAACAUACCGCUGUCUUUAUCCAGCUAACUGGACUCAGUUAUACAGACCAUAACCUCUAGCUGUGUAACAGUGUGCCAUCUAUGAUAUAUGUAGGAAACAUAUGCAUGUAUUUAAUGUAUAGUACAUGUGUUACAUAGUAAUAUAGUAAUUCAAGCACAGUUUGGGAAAGGAAAUUAUAAAAAGACUAUGGCCAAAGAGAUAUAUUAUAGGCUGUCAUCUUCCUUCCAAGUAAUGCACUAGCAAAACUUAAAAUGACCAAAUGCCCCUUGAAAAAUGUAUAUUUUUUUAAAUCAGGAUAUAUAUCUGUACUUGUUGAAGAAAGUUCAAGUAUGUGUUCAUAUAGACAUGGGUGUUCAUCGAAAGUGUUAUGGAGAGUUAAUGGGCUAUAAUGAGAAUAUUCAUUAAGCAUGUUGUGAUGGACAUGGUGUUUGUUUGUUAAGAACAGUGAAGGGGUAAAAGAAUGUAAUGUGAUGGAGUUCAAUCCUUUAUGGACAUGAACAUGUUAUCUCAAGAUAACAUGAACCUUAAUGUGGAGGCUUUUUUUUGCUGUGUGCCUCAUUAUUAAAAAUGAAAAAGAG